AUGCUGCCAGAUCAUUUCUCACCCCUCUCAGUAGACAUUAAACUCUUUGUCCUGGCCUUAGAUGUCCUUGUGGUCCUGGCUCAGACUGCCCCAGAUGGAUGGAUCAGAAGGUGCUGUUAUGGAAUUGGCAGAUGCAGGAAAUCAUGCAAAGAAAUUGAGAAGAAGAAAGAAAAAUGUGGGGGAAAAUAUAUUUGCUGUGUCCCUAAAGAAAAGGAUAAAGUAUCACACAUUCAUGACCAAAAAGAGACAAGCGAGCUAUAUAUCUAGUUGCGACUUCUGAAUUCAGAAUUUUAAUAGUCAUUAUAAUGAGUCAGUGAAAUGGCUAGUGGGGGCACCUGCAUUGCCCUAGAUCUCUGUUAAGUCUUCACAGGUCCCAUCAGAAAAAAACACUCAUUCCUGCUAUCAAUAUCUCUCUCUAGUCUACUGUAGCCCAACAACGCUCUAAGCCAUCGCUGGAUAUGACUGAUAAUAGUGGUUUUCAUGGUAAGAAAAUUUUACAGGAUCUAGAUCUUGAAUUCCCGAACCUCUGCCCGGGUCCCUGAAUGUAGAAGUUUACCAGGUUAACGUAAACUGGACCUUAGCUACAGAUUCUUAUCUGAUGUCUCACCCUGGAGAGUUGCAAUAAAACAGUGUAAUCCAGAAAUUGUCCUUUUCUGUCUUAAGUUCAAAAUUUAGCUCAAGGCUCUGCCGUAUGGUCUUACUCUUGGAACUUAUCCCUUACCCCAAGUUCCUAAGCACCUUUGGCUGUCCAAAGAUUGUCAUGCCCUCUGACCAGGAGGCAACUACUCCUGCCCCCAAGCAAAUGGAAGUGGAAAAUAAAAGGCGCAACAUUUAGUGAGAACUUAUUAUGUGCAAGGUCUUGUCCUAAGCACUUUACUUCAUUUUGUCCCAACAACAGCUCCAGGAGACAGGAACUAGUGUGCUCCUUUGCCAGAAGAGGAAACUAAGUCACGGGGAGUUUAAGUGACUUGCCCUAAAUGGCAUAGAUAGCUAGUUCAGUAACAGGACUUUGAACCUGCAAUGCCUGGGUUCAGGCACUGUGCUUUCUUCAAGUGGAACGAGAUUGCUGCGUUACGAAGUUUCACUUUACUCUUCUUCCCACACAGAACCGACCUCUUUAAUAGGGAAGGUGUGGUGAAGAAAGAGCUUUGUGUGCCCUC